UCUGCGUCAUCCAUUGUUUACAAAUCAACCCUUUAGCUGUUUCUGUUGGGCAGCGUGGCGGACGCCGGCUAAACGGUCCCAUCUGUUUGAAUGAAAACAACCCUCACGACUGGAUAUUUGUUAUCUGAAGCUAUAUUAAAAAUGCCCUGUCGAAAGGAGAACUAUAUCUUUUUGGAACAGUCGGUAACGGUGGAUUCUAAGGAAGUAGACGCGCUCGUGUCGAAAAUCGGCGAGGCGCUGCAGCUUCACAACAAUAGCUCGAGCCAGAAGGCGAUGUCACGUCUACACGGUCUCGCGAGCAGCAGACCUGACGUUAACGGCAGCAGCGCGGCGGGCGCUCAGCGGUGCAUCCGUCUCCGCAGCAGGAGUUUACGUAGCAGCCGGGCCAGUCCGUACAACCCACCCGGAUCCCGCGAUCAGGAAUGGGACCACUUCAGAUCCUCGUGGAACCGAAAGAAAAUCGACGAGGACGAUCCGCACCAGCUCCUCCAGGAACUCAUAUUGUCGGGGAAUCUGAUCAAGGAAGCGGUCAGACGACUUCAGUUUUCCUCGGAACCAACGGAGCACGACAUCUCCAAAUCUGUAGACUGACUUGAACAAGUGAGCCCGCAGAUGCAUGAACGUCCUGGCGUUUUCAGAGCUCGUUGUCAUACGUUGGUUUUACAAACUUUGAUAUCACACCCUUUUGAUUUUUCUAUUGUAUAUUGCUGAGAUGGAAACGUUAUGUAUUUGGACUCUUUUGCAACGUGACCCUACCUUAUUGCCCCAUUUUUAAAUCUCAGUGUUCGGAUUUAAAUACAAAUGUGAUGCAAAAAAUCUUGUGGUUUAUAGCAGUGCAUUUUAUUAUAGUAUUAACUGGCCUCUGGUUGGUUUGUCCUAAUGGUGCAUCAUGUUUUGGAUUGCUGGAGUUCAGCACUGUGUCAGUAGCAAACAAGAACUGCUCAACUGCUUUGUUUACAAUGUAGAUGUGCUCGGGCUGCUGGUUUGCAGUCCUGGCCUAGAUCAGGCAACGGGUCACACUUUUUGUUUACUGAUUUUGAAACUAUAUUUGGAUACAGAGAUAUCACUAUUUUGAUUUCAAACUGGCCCUGUGUGCAGGGCCCUUGUUCUCUGUCCCUUUGAUUUCCAUGUGAGGAGCAAGGCCAACACUCCUUCUCAAAGAGAAAAUGAGAUCAAACUCACGUGUGUGGGGGUAAAUGUGUUAUACACGGGGGAUGUGAUCACAACACAAUGACACUGUGGUGCUUUUUGAUUCCAAGUGUUGAGUUCUCAUGUUUUUUUUUUUUUUCAUUUUCACUCUGUGUAAACUCUGCUUAUGCUUCGUAACGAAGUGUUUUUAAUAACUCUGAUUGUUCAGAGGGUUUGGUGUCUAAUAAACAUGGUGUUUUGGCAUAA